UGUUAUUAUUAUCUGUGCAGUUAAAUGAUUUGACAAGAUUUAAGGUUAGACUCCAGAUUUGUAUUGUCAUUGUUGCGGCAAACAAGCAAAAUAGUUCUACAUUUAAGUUCUGUAACUUUUUAAAAACAUGUCUAAUAUUAAUUUACAAUGUUUGUUGGGAAUUCAAUGUGAUAAUUUCGUAAUGAUAGCUGCGGAUCAAACUAAUGGCCAUAGUAUUAUGGUCAUGAAAGACGAUGAAGAGAAGAUUUAUAAAAUAUCUGAUAAACUAGUGAUGGGUGUCAUUGGUGAUUCAGGCGAUACAAAUCAGUUUGCAGAGUACAUUGCUAAGAACAUUCAGCUUUAUAAAAUGCGUAAUGGAUAUGAACUAGGUCCUUCAGCAGCGGCAAACUUUACCCGAAGAAAUCUGGCAGAAUAUUUAAGAAGUAGUACUCCGUAUUUCGUUAAUUUAUUAAUGGGUGGCUAUGAUAAGGAGAAUGGACCAGAAUUGUACUUCAUGGAUUAUUUAGCAUCUAGUAUGAAAGUACCAUUCGCGGCUCAUGGCUAUGGUGGUUACCUCAGUUUGAGCAUCAUGGAUCGCUAUCACAAAAAAGAUUUAACUGAAGAGGAAGCUUAUAACAUCCUGAAAAUGUGCGUUCAAGAAGUGCACAAGCGUUUCUUUGUCAGCCUGCCUAAUUUCCAAGUGACAGUUGUUAACAGAGAGGGCAUUAAGACUAUGCCUGUCAUUAACUCUGCAUCUUUGAAGUGAUUUCCUUUUUAAGUUUAAAUAAAUUAUAUAAAAUGAUA